CCGUGUUAUCUCGCAUCCAACCAGAGCUAAUCAAAAUCUUUCUCAAAGCAUUUCCUCAGAUUAUUCUCAUAGCUUUUUAGAAGAUGCAGAUCUUCGUGAAAACCCUGACCGGCAAGACCAUAACUCUCGAGGUCGAGAGUUCCGACACCAUCGACAACGUUAAGGCCAAGAUCCAAGACAAGGAAGGGAUCCCACCCGACCAGCAAAGGCUCAUCUUCGCCGGGAAACAGCUCGAAGACGGUCGUACCUUGGCGGAUUAUAACAUCCAGAAGGAGUCAACUCUCCACCUGGUCCUCCGUCUUCGUGGCGGUAUGCAAAUCUUCGUCAAAACUUUGACCGGCAAAACCAUCACCCUCGAAGUCGAGAGUUCCGACACGAUUGACAACGUCAAGGCCAAAAUCCAGGACAAGGAAGGCAUCCCUCCCGACCAACAGCGGCUCAUCUUCGCCGGGAAACAGCUGGAGGACGGCCGUACUUUGGCUGAUUAUAACAUCCAAAAGGAGUCAACUCUCCACCUUGUCCUCAGGCUUCGUGGGGGCAUGCAAAUCUUUGUCAAAACCUUGACAGGAAAGACAAUAACCUUGGAGGUCGAGAGCUCGGACACGAUUGAUAACGUUAAGGCCAAGAUCCAAGAUAAGGAAGGGAUCCCACCAGACCAACAACGUUUGAUCUUCGCCGGGAAGCAGCUUGAGGACGGGAGGACCUUGGCUGAUUACAACAUACAAAAGGAAUCAACCCUUCAUCUUGUUUUGAGGCUUCGUGGAGGAAUGCAGAUUUUUGUCAAGACCUUGACUGGAAAAACAAUCACCUUGGAGGUGGAAAGUUCGGAUACAAUCGAUAACGUCAAGGCAAAGAUUCAGGAUAAGGAAGGAAUCCCCCCAGAUCAGCAAAGGCUUAUCUUUGCCGGGAAACAAUUGGAGGAUGGGAGGACUUUAGCUGAUUAUAACAUUCAGAAAGAGUCUACCCUUCACCUUGUUCUUCGUCUCCGUGGUGGGCAGUGAUUACUCUAAAAGAAAGGAUUUGCCUUUGUUCUAAGUUUAAGAUAUUGCCAUAAUAAGGAAGUGUUUUCUUUUUCUUUUUCUUUAAUGUUUGAUAUCUGGGUUUGUUGCAUUUGUAAGAUGUUAAUCCAAGUAUGGAAUAAAAGUUUGGUGAUCUUCUCUUA